AUGGAGAUCGCAGCGGCCACUGUGGGCAGUGUCCUACCGAAGCUGCAAGCCUACCUGCUCCUCAAACACGACGGCGACCACCACGACGCGGAGCUCCUUAGCCGGGAGCUCACGAGCAUCCGCGACGCUGCCGACCGUGGCCACGCGUGGCCGGGGCAGCCCCACGAUAACGAGCAGGAGGGCAGGGCCUGGGUCGACGCAGCAAGGGAGCUGGCGUACGACGUCGACGAUGCCAUCGACGCCCUCCUUGUCACAUCCUCGCUGCAGCCAGCUGGCGGACAGGACGGCGGGGACGACCUGCCGCGUAGCCUCGAAGGGCUUCUUCAGAGGGCCACCGACCUCCGGGACCUGGACGACGAGGUGGCACUCGUCGGCGCUGACGGCGCCAGAGACGGGCUCAUCAGGAGGCUGCGCCUGCGCGGUGAUGUCAACGGUGACGACGGCGAAGUCGACGCUUGCGACCGGAAGGUGAAGGCAGUCGCCAUCGUCGGGUCUGCGGGGUUGGGCAAGACAGCCCUCGCCAGAUCGGCGUACGGCGUUCUCCAACCGCAGUUCGAUUGCGCGGCGUUCGUCUCCGUCGGAUUUCAUCCCCACAUCGAGUGGGUUCUCCAGAGUUUGCUCCGGCAGCUUGGCUUCACCGGCGAUGCUGCCGCUACCGAAGAACCAAGGGAUGACAGGAAGCUCAUCGAUCAGCUCUUAGGAUUCCUGCAGAACCAGAGGUACUUAAUCGUUGUCGAUGAUUUAUGGGAUAGACUGUCAUGGGACAAGAUCCGAUGUGCUCUAAUCGACAACAACCAUGGAAGUAGAAUCAUCGCAACUACCCGCAACUUUGAUGUAGCCGAUCAAGUUGGAACUCCGUAUGAACUGAAGCCCCUUUCUGCAGAGGAUUUCAGGACACUGUUCUUCAAAACAGUAUUGGGCCAUGAAGACAAGCGCUGUCCUGAUGAUGAAUUUACCAAAGUAGCAGAAAAAAUAUCGAAGAAAUGCAAUGGUGUGCCAUUAGCUAUUGUUACGCUAGCCAAAAUGUUGGCUACCAAGAUGGGGGACAAAAGAGAAUGGCACAAGGUGCGUGGGUACAUUGGUUCAGGACUUGAGAACACACCUGAUGUGAAGAACAUGAGGAUGGUCACCUCUCUUGGCUACUACAAUCUCCCUCCCCAUCUGAGGGCUUGCUUAUUGUACAUGAGUGUAUUUCCAGAGGACUAUGAGAUCAGGCGAGACCGAUUGGUGUGGCGCUGGAUAGCCGAAGGUUUUGUCCAGUUUGAAGACAAAAAAGUGGAGUCCUUAUUUGAGCUUGGGGAGAGUUAUGUCGACGAGCUGGGUGCCAACCGGGAUCGGGAGCCUGACGCGCUGGAGGAGCUCUCUGACGUCUCGACGCGGGAGGCGCCGGACGUGGUGGAGGUGCUCGGCAGACUCACAAAGCUGAGGGUGCUCAGGAUGACGCUUUGGAAGCCAUCCAGGAGGCAGGAGGAGGCUCUGCUGCAGUUGCUGCGCGGCCUGCACAAUAUCCAGGUCCUAGACGUCUACGUCACCGGUGGCGGUGGCUGUGGCGGUGGCGAUUGUUCCCAGAGGCUUGACAUGGUGAGAGAGGCCUGGGCGCCGCCACGGAGCCUCCGCGAGUUCCACGCGCGAGCUAUGAACAGCUACUCGAGCUCGCUGCGGGUGUUGCCGGUGUGGAUCGACGCGCCGGCCACGCCGUGCCUCGCCGUUCUGAUCGUCCAGCUCCAGGAGCUGCGGCAGCAGGACGUCGAAGCGCUUGGGAGGCUGCCGGCGCUCCGGGUCCUCCGCGUGGAUCCCUAUGCCAAUAAGGAGCCCCUCGUGGUCCCUGGCGGCGCGUUCCCGCGCCUGACGGAGUGCAGGUUCCGGGACUCGGACCUGGGGCCCGUGUUCCGUCGUGGUGCUGCGCCGCGGCUACGGAGGCUCGAGUUCUGCUUCAGGGUGAGGAACACCAUCGAUCUUGGGAACGAUGGCUUCGACUUCGGGCUGGGAAACCUCGAGUCGCUCGAGGAAGCCGUCGUUUACGUCGGCUGCCAGGAGUCUACGGAACCCGAGGCUGAAGCGGCGGAGGCGGCGUUGAGGGGCGCCGCAGAUGCCCAUCCCAACCGUGCCAACUUCGACGUGAUCACGUUCGGCGAAGAGCUCAUGUGUUUCGACGACGAUAAUUGA